CGUCUCGCACCGCCUCCAAAAUGCUUGACGAGCUCGCGGAGGAGACGACGUCGCCCGACGUCGUAGCGUUCGCUCCGUACGAAGCCACAAACGCGCAUCUCCCGCCAUGUCUUUCUGGUGGCGCUGUCCACGUCGUCGCCGAAGCCCUGCGCCUCGUGGCGUCCAUCGACGUCAGCCGACGCAUCUUGACCGAGACGAGCGUGCUUACGACUAGCGCGAUCAGCUUCUUGGGCGCUUGGGACCAGAGAGCGUCUCUCUUGGCGGCGUACGUUGCGCACAACGAGGCCCGGAGCUCGGAGCAGGCCGCGCUUCGGGCACGCGCCACCGACAUUCAGCGCAAAUGGCUGCACGUCAAGUUUCGGGCCAUCGACCAUCCAGCCCGCUUUGAGCCGCCGGAAAUAUAUCCGUACCUCGAUGCUGACGACGCGUCGGCGCCCGAGGUGGACGACGACCUCUUGACGCAGCAAAUCGCACAGUACAAAGUCGCGCUGGACAAACGCGUGGCAGACACGAAGGAGGCCCGCCGCCAAGAGGCUCUCGCGGUCGCCCAGCAGCAAAAGGUCACAGCGCUGCGCCGACGCCGCGAGGCGCACGCGGAGCGCCAUCGACUCGAAAACAUCCAACACCGGUGGGAGUACCUCGUGAAUUUGGCGCUGCGGCGCGACCACGUGAACCGACUGCGGCGCGCCAAGAGCGCGGCGGUGGCCGAUGCUGACGACGACGACGAUGACGACGACGAACGGCCGACAACCUACCUCGCGGCCAAGCUCUUUGUCGAGCGCACCCUGCACACUGCGACGCUGCAUGCCAUGUGGGCGGUGGAAAUGCAGUCGCUCGCGUCGCCGCCACCUGAGCUCGUGACCAGCGACGCCGGGCCAGUGCUCCGCCUCUGCAUGCUUUUAUGUCCCAACCCGUUUGGCGCGCAAUUCAGCGCCCUGUACCAGCGGUACUUUGCGCGCGAAGGCGCGACGAUCGGCGUCCAUUUCGAGUGGCGCGUCUUUGACGUCGGGCAGCUCGAGUUUCCGACCGUCGCGCUCGAUGAGUGGGCCCACGGCUACUUGGUCUGCGGCGGUCCUGGCCGCGAAAACGCGUCGCCGCUAUGGCACCGAUCGGUCGUAGCUUUUGUUGCGCACGUCGUGGGACUCCAUCGACGCGUCGGGGCACUUGGGCGCGGCCAUCGCAUCCUCGCCGAAGCGCUCGGUGGCCACGUCACGUGUGCGUCACCGUGUCGGUUGGACUGGAAUGUUUUUGAAGAAAAGGUUCUUUCCCAGCAGUCGAUCAAGACGAUGGUGUAUGCAAUUCCUGCGCUCCACGGCGACGUCGUGACGAGUGUGCCAAGCGCCAAAGUCGCAACGAGCACGCCGGGAGCCGCACACUAUGUGACCACCUUCAAGACCAAAACCGCCCUCUCGUUCGAUGGACACCCCGAGUGCGGCCCGUUUAUUCUGCACAUGCUCGCGCGGUACCUCCAAGCACCGGCGACGGACGACUCGUCGGCGAUCCCCGAGUGUCCGUGGCCCUCGGGCAAUGCCCUCGUCGCGCGCAAGCUGCUGCAGCACUUUCUUGUUGCGCAUAAAGGGCAAGAGGACACCGAGAGCGUGCUCUCGCGACGGCUGCCCGAGCGACGCAUGCGCGUCUUUGCGCACAAGACGGCCGACCCGAUGCUCGAGUUCGUCUCGGACACGAACGAGUACCUCUCGUUCGCGUCCAGCGAGAACGUCGAUGUCGUCGUGCUGCCCAUUUGUCUCUCUUCCGACAAGCACCCGAUCGUCUUUGACUCGACGCGCCUCGAGUCGCUGACCGACUUGGCGUCCGUGUACCCGUCCUACGUUCAUGCCAUUCCGCCGCGCGUCGCGAUCAGCGAUCUCUCGCUCGCCGAGCUCAAGGCGCUCUCGAGCCUCCACGCGUCUCCAAACGCGAGUCUGCUCAAAUCCCCACGUGGCCGGGGCGGGCACGCGGGUGAGAGCAAUCGUCUCCAGACGCUCACAAGCGUGCUGCAGUUCAUUGCGCGUCUCAACGCGGCGCAGCAGUCAUCGCCGCUCGAGGUUGCCUUCAUGUUUCCAGAAGAGAACGACGCGACGUUCAGCGCACACGACUGCGACCGCAUCCGCGUGCUCUACACGACCCUAAGUGGCGCGCUGCGGGUCUUGCACACCAAUAUGGACGACGCCGUCCACGUCAUAUCGCGCGACAUUGCCUUCCUGCACACGCUCCACAAGCUGCACCCGCGCUGGCGCACGGUGCUCGCACUCCCGCGCUCGAUCGCGACGCCCCUUCGCAUGACCGUGCAGCACGACGCAUCCGCCAUCGCGCACUUUGCCGACGCGAUCUUGAUUCCCAAGUCCCAUCCCGUACUCUUACCCGACCAGAUCGACUCGCUCGCGCAAAUCUAUCACCGCGCCGGCGUCCACGUGUACGUGGACCUCAACGAUCCAUACCCGACGUCACUCUCGCUGGUGAAGGAGCACAUCAAGUGUCUUUGCCUCCGCGUUGACGGCGUCUUUAUAUCGAAUCCGCGCAUCGCCCUGGAUGGCUUCCGACGCUUUGCGAGCGGUCAUAGCUACGUCGACGAGGUUUAUGAGGAUAUACGCCAGAGCUUCAGCCUCGUCGCUGCCUUGGCCGAGCACGAGAAGCUCCAGCGGCAGCAGGAGCCGCAAGCGAUCACGUACGCCCACCACGCGUACAAGUUUCCAGGCAGCGAGAGCGAGAGCUGGUCCCAGCGCCUGCGGCACCUUCCGCCCGUGAUGGACCACGUGGCGCACCUCGUCGAGGUCGACGCUGAUGUUGAGAUGGAGCGACAAGUGCGCGGCAACUUCUGCAGCGCGCCAAAGCGGACACUUCCCGCGCGGCCCGUGACGGGGCGGCCACUGCUGCUGGCCGUCACUGCACCCGUCUUGGGCGCUUCGCAGCAAGUCCUGCUCUCGCCGAUCGUUCGGAAGACAUUCGCAGUCCGGAGCGCGUCGUUUCGCUCAACCAACGCCGCUCCGUCGCACCACCUUGCAAGCCCCCACUCCUAA